AGCAGAGCGCACAGAGCGAUGGGGCAAGCGCGUGCACGCUUAGAGUAAACUGGGGCGGCCUUGUGAGAAAGGCUAAGGCAAAGCGGGCUGGGGGAGGGGGCGCCCGUGACCAACACAGACUAGUGCUGCGGUAAUCUGAGCCCGGCUGGAAGCUCACGCUUCAGGCCUGGAGUUCCGGGAUCCUGGCGGCGGCGGCGGGACCGGGAAGAGGAGAACCGGGCCGGAGGCGGGCGCUUCCCCCUCCCCUUCCCUCGGAGGGGCAGCCGGAAUGGAGAGGCUUUUGGUAAGACUGUGCGGCUCCAGCCGGGACGAGCCCUUCCCGCUCUGGGAAGCGGGCGCGGUGGGACACUGCUUUACCCAGCUGGGGCUCAGCUCCCUGGCUCACGUCCUCCUUGCCCUAACCAGCGCCUGCUACCUGGGCGCGCCGAGGUAUCCAGGUUCCCUUCCAUCUCGUAGCCCAGGUUGGCGCCUUCGACUUGUUGUCUCCUUCCUGUUGUCAAUCCUUCCAUUAUUGGAUCUGUUCCCAGCUGCUAUCCCUUCAAAUGCAGUCCCUGGUCCCUUGGCAUUAGAGGUGUUGGCAGGAGGUGUCACAGCGAUUGCCUGGAUCACUCACUGCUUGGCACUCCGGGCAUUGGCUCAGUCCCACCGAAGACUUUCUCGUGGGCCUCUGAUUUUGGCUCUGACGGCCCUCAUGCCUGCCCCGGGCAUGGUGCUGACCCUGCUGUGGCACUGUCAGCACGGGACCCUCCUGACCCCACUCCAGCUAGCACCUCUCUUCCGAUUCUGCUUUGUAAUAUUGCAGCUGACCAUGCUUCUGGCCUAUUUCCUGGGGUGGGCAGUGCCUGGGGGCCAGACGCACCUAAGGUCUUGGGCCUCUGAUGACCUCCUGCCUGAGCCACAGAGGCCAGAGGUGGCCGAGGAUGGGGAAAGCUGGCUCUCACGCUUCUUCUAUCUGUGGCUGGCCCCCUUGCUGGCCCGGGGGGCCCGGGGACAACUCCGCCAACCUCAGGACACUUGUUUGCUGCCCUACAGGCUGCAGACAGCCUGUCUCGCCCGACUCUUCAGGGCACAUUGGAGGGAGCGGGCCAAGCUGUGGCUAGUCCUGUAUGGAGCUUUUGGGCAACGCUACCUCGCAUUGGGACUCCUGAAGUUGGCAGGGACCCUUCUGGGCUUCUCUGGUCCUCUGCUCCUUUCACUACUGGUUGGUUUCCUGGAGAAUGAACGGGAGCCACUGAGUCAAGGAAUACUCUACACAGUGGGACUUGCAGGCGGGGCAGUUCUGGGUGCUUUGCUGCAGAACCAGUAUGGGUAUGAAUUGAAGAAGGUAUCAUUGCAAAUUCGAGGAGCUGUGCUGGGAGCCAUAUAUCAUAAGACCCUCCAUCUAGGGCCAGAUCGCCCCUCUGUGGGCGAGGCACUGAACCUUCUGGGCACUGAUUCUGAGCGGCUGCUUAACUUUGCUAAUAGUUUCCAUGAGGCCUGGGGCCUGCCCUUACAGUUGUCCAUCACCCUUUACCUGCUCUACCAGCAGGUAGGCCUGGCCUUUCUAGGGGGGCUGGGCCUGGCACUGCUUCUGGUGCCUCUUAACAAAGUGAUUGCUACCCGCAUCAUGGUCAAGAACAAGUCUAUGCUCCAGCACAAGGAUGCUCGAGUCAAGCUCAUGACAGAAUUGCUUCGCGGCAUUCGGGUCAUCAAGUUCUGUGGCUGGGAGCAAACUCUUGGCUCUCGAGUGCAGAAACACCGUGCCAAGGAACUUCAGCAGCUCCGCGUCAUCAAGUACUUGGAUGCAGCUUGUGUGUACCUGUGGGCUGCACUACCUGUUGUGAUCUCCAUUGUCAUCUUUAUCACCUAUGUCCUCAUGGGCCAUCAGCUCACUGCUACCAAGGUAUUCACAGCAUUGGCACUGGUUGGUAUGCUCAUCUUCCCCCUCAACAAUUUCCCCUGGGUGAUCAACGGGCUUCUGGAGGCCAAGGUGUCUCUGGAGCGCCUACAGCACUUCCUCGACCUCCCAGACCAUAAUCCUCAGGCCUACUACAGUCCAGAUCCCCCCACAGAACCAGGAAUAGUAUUGGAGCUCCAAGAAGCCAUAUUCUCCUGGGACCCCACUGGAACAGGUCUGGAGACUUUCAUCACUCACCUUAAAGUGAAGAAGGGUUCGUUGGUCGGCAUUGUGGGGAAGGUGGGCUGUGGAAAGAGCUCUCUACUGGCCGCUAUCUCUGGGGAGCUCCACAGGUUGAGUGGUCAGAUUGCUGUGGCUGGGCUGCUUGAAGGCUUCGGUCUGGCCACCCAGGAACCUUGGAUCCAGUUUGCCACCAUUCGGGACAACAUCCUCUUUGGGAAAGCAUUUGACGCUCAUCUCUAUUGGAAGGUGUUGGAGGCUUGUGCUCUCCAUGAUGACCUUGCUAUUCUGCCUGAUGGAGACCUGACAGAAGUGGGAGAGAAAGGUGUAACCCUCAGUGGUGGACAGAGGGCCCGUAUUGCCCUUGCUCGAGCUGUCUACCAGGAGAACAAGUUGUACCUCCUGGAUGAUCCCCUUGCUGCUGUGGAUGCUGAUGUGGCCAACCACUUGCUGCAUAAGUGUAUUCUGGGCAUCCUAGGAGACACCACCCGGCUGCUCUGUACCCAUCGGGUAGAAUAUCUGGAGAAGGCUGACGUGGUGCUGCUGCUGAAGAGUGGGCGCAUCAUCCAAGCAGGACCACCCUCUGAGAUUCUGCCACUGGUACAAGCUACCCCCAAUGCCCAGUCUGAGGAUGAACAGAAGACUGAGUCAGCAGUAGCCUCAGAGGCAUGGAAGCCAGAGAAAGAGAGUGAGGAACCCAAGGAUCUGGGCCCAAAUGCCAGCCGCCUGCUCCAGGAGGAAGGAAAGAAGGAAGGGGCUGUGGCUUUCCAGGUGUACCAGGCUUACUGGAAAGCUAUAGGUGGGGGUCUCUCCCUGGCUAUCAUCUUCUUCUUACUCCUCAUGCAAGGGACCCGGAAUGCUGCCGACUGGUGGCUCUCUCACUGGAUCUCCCAGCUGAAGAGAGCUGAGAAUGGCUCCCAAGAGCUGUGGCACCUCACCAGCCAAGCGCCCUCAGUGCUCUCCCCGCAGCUACUUCUCUUCUCCCCUGGAGGCCUCUUUGUCCCCGUGGCCCCGUGGCCCAAAGCCACCCCAAAUAACUCCCUGAAUGUGCAGUAUUACUUGACCGUAUAUGGGGCCAUUGCCGGUGCCAAUUCAAUCUGUACCCUCCUGCGGGCAAUACUCUUUGCCGCUGGCAUCCUGCAGGCAGCAUCCACCCUACAUCAACGUCUGCUGAACCGUGUCCUCAGGGCACCUGUGACGUUCUUUGAUUGCACCCCGACGGGCCGCAUCCUGAACCGCUUCUCCUCGGACGUGGCCUGUGCCGACGACAGCCUGCCCUUCGUUCUCAACAUCGUGCUGGCCCAGGCAGCGGGCCUGCUGGGGUUGCUGGUCAUCCUGGGCUCUGGGCUGCCCUGGCUGUUGCUGCUGCUGCCACCCCUGGGCGCCCUCUACUACUCGGUGCAGCGCCACUACCGUGCUUCCUCCAGGGAGCUGCGCCGCCUGGGCAGCCUCACCCUCUCCCCACUCUACACCCACCUGUCCGAGAGCCUGGCUGGCCUCAGCGUCAUCCGGGCCGCGCGGGCUGCCUGCAGGUUUGAAGAAGAGAAUGAAAAACUACUGGAGCUCAACCAGCGCUGCCAGUUUGCUGCCCACGCCUGCCUACAGUGGCUGGACAUACGGCUGCAGCUCAUGGGUGCCACUGUGGUCAGCGCCAUUGCCGUCAUUGCCCUCAUCCAGCAUUACCAACGCCUCGCUGACCCAGGACUGGUAGGCCUGUCGCUGUCCUAUGCCUUGUCACUGACUGGCCUUCUCUCAGGCCUGGUGAACAGCUUCACGCAAACAGAAGCCAUGAUGGUGAGUGUGGAGCGGCUGGAAGAAUAUUCAUGUGACCUGCCCAGUGAGCCCCAAGGCCAGAAGAUACAGGUAGAAGUGAACUGGCUGUCACAAGGACAUGUGGAGUUCCGGGAUGUGGUGUUGGCUUACCGACCUGGGUUGCCCAAUGCCUUGGAUGGGGUCACUUUCAGCAUACUGCCUGGUGAGAAGAUAGGCGUUGUGGGCCGGACGGGUUCUGGAAAGUCUUCCCUGCUGUUGGUGUUGUUUCGGUUGGUGGAGCCCAGUGCUGGGUGUAUACUCCUGGACGGCGUCGACACCAGCUUGCUGGGCUUGUCAGCUCUCAGGUCCCAACUGGCCAUCAUUCCCCAGGACCCCUUUUUGUUCAGUGGUACGGUCCGAGAAAACCUGGACCCUCUGGGUCGCCAUGAGGAUGAGGCACUGUGGCAGGCCUUGGAAGAGUGCCACCUAAGCGAGGUGAUCGCUCCCCUGGGCGGUCUGGAUGGUGAGCUGAGUGAGGGGGGACGGAGCUUGUCCCUGGGGCAGAGGCAGCUACUGUGUUUGGCCAGAGCUCUCCUUACAGAUGCCAAGAUCCUGUGCAUUGAUGAGGCCACAGCUAGUGUGGACCAGAAGACAGACCAGCUGCUCCAACAGACAAUCUGCAAUCGUUUUGCUAACAAGACUGUUCUGACCAUUGCACACAGGCUCAACACGAUCCUGAAUUCAGACCGGGUGCUGGUGUUGCAGGCGGGAAGGGUGGCCGAGCUGGACACCCCUGCCGCCCUGAGGAGUCAGCCCUACUCCUUGUUCCAGCAGCUGCUGCAGAGCAGUCAGUGAUGGCCCUGCCUCCUCUGAGCCUCGGCGUUGUGGUUCCCUCUUCCUCACUUGUCCUCGACUCUCUCUCCAUGUGGGAGGGUUUAGGGCUUUUACUCUCAGGUGAUGAACAGAUGUUUAUUCUCCAUUUCCUCUGUUGGGUCAUCUGGGCCUGGGGUCCCCAGGCCCUCCUUCACCAAGCAUCCCUGCCUGGGCACCUCAGGAUGCUCUCUUUGAUACCAAUCCUCCUUUGUGAGCUGCUGGUACUGGAGGAGAGCUCUGACUGGGCCAGGACUAGAACCUUGGACAUGGGGCUCCAGGCUGGCCCCACUUGGGGCCAGGAGCCGUGGGAGCACAAGCUAUCACUCACUGUCAUUUUUGGUAAUUUUAUUUGAUAAAACUUCUCUUGAACAA